AUGGCCGCCUCGGAGUGCCUCGUGGGGUGCAUGCUGCAGGGGAUCAGCCCGUUCGAUGAAGAUAACGAGGUGGUGUGGGACGACCGCGAGGCCUGCGAUUCGACAACGAUUGGCUGCGAAGUGUACGAAGAGCCGCUCGUUGGUCAGUUCGAGUGUGAUGACAACGACUUCAAUGACUUAUCAUCUUCCUCAUCCCUCGAGGAGUGCAGCUGGGCCGGGGUUGUCCGUCAGGCUGUGGAGAUGUUCCCUGCCAUAUCAACGGGGAUCAGCCCGUUCGAUGAAGAUAACGAGGUGGUGUGGGACGACCGCGAGGCCUGCGAUUCGACAACGAUUGGCUGCGAAGGCAUCAGCCCGUUCGAUGAAGAUAACGAGGUGGUGUGGGACGACCGCGAGGCCUGCGAUUCGACAACGAUUGGCUGCGAAGGGAUCAGCCCGUUCGAUGAAGAUAACGAGGUGGUGUGGGACGACCGCGAGGCCUGCGAUUCGACAACGAUUGGCUGCGAACUGGGCGGGAGAUGCUCGCCAGGCGGCUGA